UGUAUGCAAACUUUGACUUUUCCAGACUUUUAGCAUUUUAGGCUGAGCUUGAUUCUUAAUCUUCAAAGAAAUGUAUCGGAAUCCCGGUAUUAUCUUUCAAUCAACAUGUCGAAUGUUAGAAGUGCAAAGAUCACUUCUUCCCUUGGCUCGGCAUGGCUCCUACUACCCUAUCAAUGAUGCAAUUUUUGGUCUAACAGAGGAACAACAGCAGCUUCGAAAGAGUGUUUUUGACUUUGCUCAAAAGGAACUGGCUCCCAAGGCAGCUCAAAUUGACAAGGAUAAUGAGUUCCCUGAAUUAAAGGAGUUCUUUCAAAAAAUGGGAUCUCUUGGUCUUUUAGGGGCAACAGCUGAUCCUGAAUAUGGAGGAUCAGGCAUGGGAUACUUUGAUCAUGUCCUUAUUAUGGAAGAGCUGUCCAGAGCAGCAGGAGGCAUUGCUCUGUCAUAUGGUGCUCACUCCAACUUAUGUGUGAAUCAAAUUAAUCGCAAUGGCACUGAAGAGCAAAAACGGAAAUAUUUACCUAAGCUGUGCAGCGGCGAGCACAUCGGAGCGCUUGCCAUGUCUGAGCCUGGCUCCGGCAGUGACGUGGUCUCCAUGAAACUCAGAGCUGUUAAAGAUGGCGACUCUUAUAUCCUCAACGGCAACAAGUUCUGGAUCACCAAUGGACCUGAUGCUGACACGCUUGUGGUGUAUGCAAAAACUGAACCUGAGAAGCAUCAACAUGGCGUUUCUGCAUUCAUUAUUGAGAAAUCAUUUAAAGGCUUCAGCACAGCACAAAAACUUGACAAAGUAGGCAUGCGUGGCUCCAACACAUCAGAACUUAUCUUUGAAGACUGCAGAGUUCCUGCUGAGAACAUGCUGGGUGCUGUCAACAAGGGCGUCUAUGUCCUCUUCUCUGGCCUUGACUUGGAGCGGCUGGUGCUCGCUGGAGGGCCGCUAGGGAUCAUGCAGGCUGCUUGUGAUGUGGCCUUUGAAUACGUCCACGUCAGGAAGCAGUUCGGGCGGCCAGUUGGGGAAUUCCAACUCAUGCAGGGCAAGAUAGCGGACAUGUACACGUCUCUGAACGUGUGCCGCUCUUACCUGUACACCGUGGCGCGGGCCACCGACGCUGGCCACUGCAGCAGCAAGGACUGCGCCGGCGUCAUCCUCUACCUCGCUGAGCAGGCCACGCAGGUCGCCCUGCAGGCCGUGCAGUGUCUUGGUGGGAACGGCUACAUCAACGACUACCCAACAGGUCGCCUGUUGCGAGACGCCAAACUCUACGAGAUUGGCGCCGGUACGAGCGAAGUCCGUCGACUGGUUAUAGGGCGCGCGCUCAACGCAGAGUACAAGAACUGAGAAGCAAGACCUGCUCUUAGAUCUUCCAACUAAUAAAUAUUACGUGAUUAUUGCCUAACAUGACAGUACUGCUCAUCACCACUGGUGAACAGCGUUCACGCGUCAACAUCGUGUUCGUCGUGGUCAUGAUGUCUGUGUAACGAGUAGCAUUUGGUGGCACCUACCAGUCUGAAGCAAGUUUUUUUUUUCUUUUAAAGCGUAAUAAUAUGAAACAAUAACAGGAAACGUUGGUUUUGUAUUAUUCAUAGCAGCCUAAAGUCAGACAUGUGAAUUAUGUGUUGAGAGGUUAGAUUGGAAUUGGGUGCGUGAUGAACUCCGGUCACGACCUAUAAAUCGGUCAUUCACGCAGCAUAUAAAAGCUCUUUUACUAGCGCGAAAAAAAAUUCAAAGUUUACGUCACAGUCAGAAAUUAACACAAAUUUCAAUUAAUACGAAUUCACAACAAUCCUAAAUGACUAAAACAUUCCGUUAUGAAUGUAAACA